CCAAAUGCCACCCGCUCCGUGUCUACUCUCUUUCUACAAACGCAAGCGCCUUAGCGACAUCGCUAACAAUUUGGUAGCCAAAUGCACAAGCGCUGACGGGUCGCUAACUCUAUUCGCUUCGCGUUAAAAAUCAAGUUUUUACUCUAUGGUUGCGAUUUUCGUCGCGUCAUUUUGACAUACCAUUUGUGAUUCGCGGUAAAUUUAAGAAACAUUGGUAAGUAUUUACCUACAUAUUAUUUUCAUAAAAUUUUAUAAAUAUAAUGAUUGAUUGCCUUUAUUCUCGGGACCACGGGAUGCUGGGCCUUUGGAAGGCGUUCGAGGCUGAAGCCAAUAGUUUUAUUACAAAUAUUUACGAUUGAAUUAUCCAUAGAAUUCAGAGCUUGAACGAGUGAAUUCUUAAUUAAUAUUAAGGAGAUGAGUUCAUAACAUUCUUUCAAUUUCUAUUUUAGUAAUGCAGGCAAGGCAGAGGUCAAGCUUUGAACAGCUUUCUGUGCUGAUUCAGUUUAUGGAAAGCCAUGGGGACCUGUCAAAGCCGCGUCCAGGGCCUCAAGGCCGAAUAAAUAGUGAGCAACUCUGGCUGGAGCUUACCAAUAUUUUAAAUUCCAUGGGUGGUGGUGUCCAGAAAACAGCAGAUAAAUGGAAGAAAGUCUGGACAGACUGGAAAACAAAAACAAAAAAGAAAUAUUUGCAUAUAAGGCAGCAAAGCAGUGGCACAGGUGGUGGUCCAAACACACACAUUCAAUUAACUGCCAUAGAAGAAAGGGUGAUGGCAGUUAUUGGAGUGUCUGCUGUAGUUGGUUUGGCUGGCAUCCAGGAGCAAGGAUUUAAUGUUCCAAAUUUUAAUGAACAGCCACCGGAACCGAUGCAUUUUGCUGAAAUGUUGGAGAACCAAAGCAGCCAGAAUACAGAUCCAAUAUUCGAUGGACGUACGUCACCACUGCCACUGCCGUCGCUGUUAUCACCCCAGCGACCGCCAGAACCGCUGCAACCACCACUACCACAGCAACCCCCGCAACAACGACUGUCGCAACCCCCUACUCCGCCAGCGCGUAACGGCAGACGGCAACCGUCGGCCUCUCCACGCUCUACAAUGAGCGCUAAUAGGUUUGCUCGCCGAACUAAGAGGAGAAUGACUCCCUUUGAAAGGGCGGCGGAGCAGUUUAGUGCUGUAGAGCGUAGGCGUCUUACUUUUGAAGAAGAGCGAGAUAGGCGCCUACACGAAAGAGAGAUGGAGAGGCUGCGACUAGAAGCCGAAAAAAUAAAAAUUGCUGAACGGCAAACGGCGAUACUGGAAGGCUUGAGAGUUCUUGGAGAACGGCUCAUUGGCGUACUGUCUGAGCAGCGGCCGGCCAACUUAUAAUUUUUAUUAUGCAAUUAUAUACGUAUACAAAAGGUGUAGAUUUAAAACCAUGCCACUACUCGAAAGCAUGUCACAGAAGUCAUAAAUGUUCAAUUUAAGAAACGGUUUCUGGGCAAUAGUUAAAAAUACUGCUAUAAUAAAUCGUAUUAUUCAGAAUAAGCGACGAAUCACCCGACAUGUCAAUGUAUCAGCUGAUUCAUAAUUCGUAAUACCUACUAAAUGCGUACGUAUCUUGCUGAAUAGGUACAAAUAAUUUAAAACUUAGUAAUGGGUCUGUAGGUAUCCUUAGAGACGGAAUGUAAACUAUGUGAAGUAAAUAACUUACAUAUCUACCUGUGUCACUCGGAGAUUUCGUUCGAAAUUUUCAUCUUCGCAAUCUACCUAUGCACAGUAACAGUUAUGCAACACGUCAUUAAUUAUACUAGUCAACACUGUGACACUUGUUUUAAUGUGUUUUAAGCACUGAUCACUUGCAGUCUCUGGGUAACAGUCAAACGCAUGACUUUCAUGUCAUGUCUGUGUUGGGAGUUUAGGUACGAUGCGAAUACCUCGAUAGUUUGUUUUCAUUGCAACUGAUGGCAUAAAUGUUAUCAUUAUUACAUAAACACUGAACUUAGAACUUUGAUAAUAAUAAAUUAGUGACGUUAUUGUAAGUUUAAGGUCAUGCGAAAUAAUUUCGCAAUCGACUACCCCCGGCAGCGCCAAAGCACAAACUGAAUGCGUGUUUGCGUGUGCGCCGUAGGGCCCGUAGGGGUGAGAGUGCUAGGGGGUGGAGCGUUCGCGUUUCUUAUUGGAAUUUUUGGGAAUUAGUAAUAAUAUCUUAAUAUCAAUUACGUGUUUGAGUGUGUGUGUGUUGAACCGCGUUAUUAAGCUAGUUACAUGACGGUCACGUGAAAUCCGGCGUAGUUAGCACUUACGGAUAUCCGUAAUUUACAAUAAAAAUAAUUACCUACAACUUUUUUAUUCCUUCAGACUUAGAAUCGAUAGCCGAAGUUACCUUCUAGAAAAGGUUUUUUCCCGAACAACCCUUGUAUACACGUUUCCCCGUUGUACCUUGCGUGCUUUUGCCAUUUUUUUACUAACUUUAUCUAUACCUACAUAUUAUUAAAUUAUUUUGAAAUAAAACUGCUUUUUCUUUC